AUGACCACAGAGAGUUUUGCAGAGUUCCUGAAUAAGCUCAAAGAAAUCCAUGAGAAAGAGGUCCAAGGUCUGCAAAGCAAGCUGACGGAGCUGACGACGGAGAAGUGCCGUGAUGCUCAGAGAAUUGAAGAGUUGUUUGCUAAAAAUCACCAAUUAAGGGAACAACAGAAGGUCCUUAAAGAAAAUGUAAGGGUGUUAGAAAACAGGUUGCGAGCAGGUCUCUGCGACAGAUGCAUGGUCACCCAGGAGCUGGCAAAAAAGAAGCAGAAUGAGUAUGAGACCUCCCAUUUCCAGAGCCUGCAGCACAUCUUCAUCCUCACUAACGAGACGAACCGCCUGAGGGAAGAGAACAAAACUCUCAAGGAAGAACUGAAGAGGCUCCGGAGCCUGGAGGACAGGACAAAGACCCCAGGAGUCACCUCCAGAGAAAGCAGCUCCACCCCCAGCUCCCCCUUGGCUUUACUGUCCCCAGCGAGCAGGAACGCCGGCAGCGAGAAAGCAGCUCACAGGGGAGCAGAAGAAGCCCACCACGACCUGCCAGGCCUUGAGCUGGGAGAAGAAAAGCCUGCAGGACAGAGAAGCUCUCCAAGCAGUAGGACUUCCCCAAGCACCGUCCUCCAAGAAGUCAGCCUCGCAGAAAUUGCAUCCCAGAGGAUCGCCAACCAGCUGCAUGGAACCAUUGCCCUGGUGAGACCCGGCUCCAGACCCUGCCUCCUGGAAAAAAGUCCUUCGGGGGUAGCAGUGUCCCCACCGGCAAGGAAGACUCCUCUCCCGACAGAGCGCGAGCGCAGCCCCAGCCUUGAGGCUUAUUUAACACCAAGCAAAUCAGACUCCGCCAAGGUUGCUCCAUCCUACGAAAACCUAAAACUGACUGCCCGGAGAGAGCAGCUCUGCCUCCUCCACAAGCACCUUUCCCUGCACCAGCUGGGGCUGGCGAGCAACUGUGCCUUGGCCGACCAGGACACUUCCCCCAGCCAUUUGCUCAGGGCCAAAGAUGCCGAUGACAGGACGCGGUCGCGUGAUGGCUGGGAAGAUCGCGCAGCCUUGCUGAAGCUCCCUGCCGCCAUGGUGUACGUGAGGGAUCAGCACCUGGAGGAGAAGCUGCACCUCCUCAAGCACAGGGAGCAGCUGCAGCAUUUCCUCAUGCAGCAGUGCCAGCCAGGCCAGCGGGCAGAUGGAGACCCAAAGCUCGCACCCGAGGAGCGGCCCCUCUCCCCAUGGCUGAGCACCACUCCGGGAUGCAAGGAGGAAAGGUCCUUCCUGGAGGAUGCUGCAGAUGGGAAGGAAGAGAAGGAGCUUUGGCUGAGCCGGGACAUCUCCGAGCUCCGAGAAAAGGCGAAGGUGGCAAGGGACGAUGGUGCAGAUGCGCCGCUGGAUCUGUCAGACUCUGGACGUGGCAGG